UUUGUUGUUAAAGAAAGCGCCAAAGUAAAGACGGCCAGCCCUUCCCAGCUCACGGCUCCAGGCCGGGGGGUGCGUGCUUGCUGCCGCUGCGCUCCGGCAUCGGCUGCCCAGGCCUGCCGCCGCCAUCGGCGGUGCUUUGUGCCGCCUGCGCCGGGGCGGGGCCGCUGCCGCGCGGGGCGGGGCGGGGCGGCCCUGGCGCGUGCCGGGCGCUACGUUCGCCCUGCGUUCGCCGCCCGCGCGCUGGGCCACGGCGGGAGCUGCGUGUGGGAAGGGUGAGGCGGCGGCAGGCGAGAAGGGAGUCAGCGCCAUGAAGCCAGCAGCAUGACGAGCAUGGUGUGCUUGCCUGCCUGGCCAGCGGCAAGGUAAAGGGCAGUUGAUCGUUGCCGCUGAGGACUGCUUGACUUUUGCACUUGGAAGGAGUGUAAGGACUACAGAUGGAAAAUGCACAGCCAUAAAAAAUCCUUUGUUUGAGUAUCACAGCGUAAGGAAAUAUAGCUUGAAGGAAAUUGUGCCAUGUGAAUGCUUUGAAGUUUGUAAUGGCGGAAGGUAGGCCUUCAGGAAUUAAAAGACCCAGAGCAAGCUUGUCACUCUGUAAAAAUAAAAAAAAAGGAACAACAAAAGAUGUGGAAGGUGAAGGAACACCAUCAGUACCCUCAGCGUCCUCCUCUAUUCUUUCCUUCUUUAACAGUGUCCCCCCUGCCAAAAUUGCCUGUCCCAUGUGUGGGCAAAUGGUUCCAAGAUACAGAAUAAAUAACCACAUGGAUGAAACAUGUCAGAGAAACAUAGGAGAGAAGAGUGUUGAACCAAUGGCACCGAACUCUUUUAGGAAUGAGAGUCCCCCAGCUGCAAAUGUGGGCAGUAAUUACAGCUCCUGUUGUCCAAAAAAAACACUAAAUCUAGACACGAGCCCUUCCAAAAGCACUUUAUUGAAAACAGGAGAGAGUGCAGCACAACAGGUUAGUCCUUAUUUUAGCAAUAGUAGCUCAGUCUGUAGUGGUAACAGUGAACCACAGGCUCAAAGAAUUGAAGUAGUGUCUUUGGGAAGCUUGUCAUCUAAACUGUCCAGAAGACGACAUAUCCAGGGCAGAAAGCAGAUUAUAUAUAAAGAGAUUGAUUCUUUGCCUCCAGCUGUCUAUAAUACAGACAAAAGUGCUGCUGCCUGGGUCGAUGAUGAGAUUUGUGCUGGGCAUAGUUCUCAGAAAGAGAAUCAGCCUGCUCAGGAGGAGCAGCAGGAACAAAAUUUUUCAAAGAAGGAACCUGAAUUUGAAGAAGAAAUAAGCAACUGUAAUGGCAGAAAUCUGGGUACUGUUCAAGUAUCCUUACCAGCUGAGAACAUUCAUGGCAAAAGAUUGCCAGUCAGUACAAUGAACACCAAAAAAACUAGGAGUGAAGAUGUGGCACAUAAUCUUGAUACAUUUAGAACACAUAUAGCUGUUGGUACUUCAUCAGAGCUGAUCAACAGUUUGGAAGUCAAGACUCAGCCACAUUCUGGGGUCGUUUCUUCCAAGACAGAAGUGGACUGCAGUACACAAAAUUGCUUUAGCAAGGAUGAUGUACUUCCUGUGGAAGUUCAUGAAGACUUUAAGGAUGAGAUUAAUGAUAGUCUGUCAGAAACUGUGGAAACCGUAGAAUUUCAAAGUUCAGUUGGUGACAUUUUAGAUAAAAUAAAUAAAGUUAGUUCUGUGCCCAGCUCUCCUGGUCACCCGUAUUACCUCCAGAACUUUUUAGUAGUGCUGCGGGCAGUCUUGGAGAAUGAAGAUGAUGCCAGACUCUUUGAUGGGCAAGAUUUGAACGUUAUAUCCAAGUUCUGCAAGUUAUCAGUUGGUGGGCAGAAGUUAUAUGUGAGACUUUUUCAACGCAAGCUGAACUGGUUAAAGGUGAACAAAAUAGAGUAUGGAGAGAUAAGUACGGAUUUGGCACCAAUAAUUGAAGAACUGGCUGAAGCCAAGUUUCUGCAAACAGAAUCUGAACUGGAAGACCUGUGUGAAGGGUUGGAUUUGCUUUCAGCCCCUGAACUAAAAACACUGGCAAAGAUUUUUCACUUGCCAAACCCAAAUGGUCAGAAACAACAACUUGUGGAUGAUUUUCUGAGGUUGGCUAAACAACGUUCAGUCUUCAGCAGGAGUCAGGCUGGUAUUGGGACAGUGAUUUUAAAAAGGGUGAAAGACCUGGCUGGGAAAUCUGUCAGAGUUUGUAAAGGCCCUCGGGCCAUCUUUUCUCGAAUUCUGCUGCUGUUUUCAUUGUCUGAGUCAAUGGAGGAUGAAGAAGCUGGCAGUGCUGGUCAAGGCCAGCUCUCCACAGUCCUCAUGGUAAACAUGGGGCGUAUGGUAUUCCCCAGCUACACUGUAAAUAGGAAAACACAAGUCUUCCAGGACAGAGAUGAUCUUAUAAGGUAUGCAACUGCUGCUUAUCUGUCAAAUGAUGUAGCCACUGCAAUGGUAAAUGGGAACUGGGAAGAAGCUAAUAAUCUAUACAUGUGUGCUAAAGAAACCUGGAACCAACUGAAAAAUCACCCCUCUUUGAGCUACCACAGAGUUUUACCUGAGUGUCUGCGACGUUUCACAGUUGGCUGGGUGUAUACAAGAAUCCUUUCUCAAGGGGUUGAAGUUUUGCAGAGACUUCACAUGUAUGAGGAAGCGGUGCAGGAGCUGCAGGCCCUUCUGUCUCAGGAUGUGUAUUGUACUGACAGCAGAGGGCGAUGGUGGGACCGCCUGGCUCUGAAUUUACAUCAGCACUUGAAAAACACUAAGAAGGCUGUUGACUGCAUCAGAAAGGGGCUGGCAGACCCAUUUGUGCGUACUGGGCAUCAGCUCGCUCUCUACCAGCGGGCCCUACGAAUCAGAGACUCGCCAAGCUGCAAGCAGUUCAGGCAGCUGCUUCAUGAUCUGCCAGUCAUUACUGUGGAGGAUGUGACACAUGUUACUAUCAAAGGAAAGAUGUGUCCUCAGAUGGGAAUGGGAAAAUCUGUAUUUCUAAUGGAGGACAUUAAUAAUGAAGAGGGAGGUGAAGACUUCGGUGUGUCCACAGUCAUGUGCUCAGUUGAGGAGCUGGCAUUAGCUCAUUACAAGCAGAAUGGUUUUGAUCAGGGUAUUCAUGGGGAAGGCUCAACGUUCAUUACUCUCUAUGGUAUUCUGAUGUGGGAUAUCAUUUUCAUGGAUGGCAUACCUGAUGUUUUCAGAAAUUCCUAUCAGACAUGCCCUCUGGAUUUAUACACUGACAGCUUCUAUGCAAACAGAAGGGAAGCUAUUGAGGACAGACUCCAGCAGCUUCAUACGGCUUCUUCAGAGACACUAGCAAAGCUAGUUGCUGACAUCUGGACCACUCAGGAGGGGAAAGCAGCAGCACUGGUCAGCUGGGACCGUUUUAGUUCCCUCCAGCAAGCUCAGAGCCUGGUCUCCUGCCUUGGAGGACUGUUUCUGAGUGGGGUGUUUCGGCACCUUUCCAAAGACCUGCGCCAUUGCAGAGGGGGACUUCCUGACCUGGUUGUGUGGCAUACGUGCACUAAUCACUUUAAGCUGGUGGAAGUGAAAGGCCCCAAUGAUCGCCUGUCCCCCAAGCAGAUGAUCUGGCUGAGUGAGCUGAAGAGGCUGGGUGCUACAGUCGAAGUCUGCCACGUGCAAGCCAUUGGAGGCAAGAGUAAGCGAGUCAGCUGACAGCAGAGGUCCCCAGCCUGCGGGUAACGUGAGUGGGUCUCAAGGAACGAGCAUGGCACACUACUGGCUGCUGCUUCCAUAAAAGUAGUUCCUUAUAAACCUUUGGUUUCCUGGGACAUCCCUGUUGCUAGUUUUUGCACAAAACACUCUAAAAAAGCAGUUUGAGAAGUCACAACUUACAGUUUAUUCUAUGAAACAGCUGCAAUCUAUGCUGGCACCAUCCUCUAUAAUAAAAAAAAUAGUGGUGUCGCACCUCUUGAUCGUUUCCAUGUUGUCAGGGUAGCCUGAAGUCGUUGUGUCAUGCAAGUUCCCUUGCAAGGUGCAAGGCUUUUCUCUCAGCUGUCCCCACUUUCAUAUUAAAAAUACAGGUGCUCAGUGAGGGCAUAGAGCAGGGGUCCUCAAACUAUGGCCCCCCCAGGGUCCUCAAUCCUGCUGGACAGUAUUUACAGAACCCUCCCUGGCCAGGGGGUGGAGGGGGAAACCAAGCAGGCACUUCCUGUCACUUAAUCUGCUUGCCACCCCCCGAAGCCCCUAAGCACCCACUGGUACUGGGCUGGAACCGAACUAUAGUCCAGCCCCUGACAGUGUCUGAAUGACAGUGAACCAGCCCCCUGCUUAAAAAGUUUGAUGACCCCUGGUGUAGAGUAAUGCACAGAACUUUGUUGAAAUGCUAGUUUAAUGUGCUGCUAGGUAUGAAAGGAUCAUUUAUUUAACUCCUUCUAUUGUGAGUGUGUUCCUUUCCUAAAGGGGACAUCUGCUAGCAGACAGGAGUUGUUCAGUGCCAAGAUCACUGCAUGCAUUUGCAGUGUGUCAGUCACUGGAGUCAGUUUUUGUCCCAAAUAAAUCGAUGUGUUCUGUCAUUUGGAAAUAAGUCAUUACAUUGAAUCAACCAAAGGGCUGAAUUAUCUUUUCCAACACAAAAAUGCUAUGGGUAUGUCUUAAUUUAAAAUUAACACAUACCCAGCAUCCUCUCUCUGGCUGCUUCCUUGUCAUAGUGAGUUAAGUUUACCUGAUGCCAGAAAUUCUGCCUUACAAAGAGCAGCUGCUAUAAUAAAUAGAGCAUAACAAGAAAGUAA